GAAGAUUAUUUUUAGAACAAAAUUCAUUAUGAAUCUUACGGAUAUAACUGUGAAAACAAGUGGAGAUGUUCCCCAAUCGCAAUUGGAUUUGAUGAUGUGGAUAAACAGAUUUUCAAUAAUUUUAAUGACUUUUUUAAUGUCAACUUCACUUCUUUACACUGUUUACGACAUUUUUAUUGAGAAGCGAAAGAAAAUAAAUCAAAGCAAAGGUUUACUCUUUUUCUCUUUAUCCACUAAUGGAAGAAAACUUUUUAAUUUGAACCGAGAUGGCAAGGAAGUGAUCGGGUGUCUCGAAGGAUUACGAGCAAUAUCGAUAAUUCACAUCGUGUACCUUCAUUCAUUUUUCUUUCGAUUGUUGACAACCCACAGCGAUGAGAAUCUGUUGAGAGAGUUUCUAAGAACAAGAUUUGCUGAAUUUGUUUCGGGUAUGCAUAUGCAUGUUGACACAUUUUUCGUCAUUAGUGCAAUGCUCACAACCAAAGCUACUCUAAAAGAUUUUGAAUUAAAACGAUACAAUUAUUUUAAAAUGUUCUUCCAACGCUUCAUGAGAACUUCACCAUUGCUAGCAUUUAUGAUUCUUCUAAACAACAGUUUGGCAUAUUACUUCGUUGGAAACGCACCACCAAAAUAUUUAGAUUAUUCAAUUUACAACUGUCAGAAACAUUGGUGGGAAGCUCUCUUGCACUUACAAGUCUACACGAAUGCAAAUGAACUUUGCAUGUCUACAACUUGGUAUCUAUCAGUUGAUUUUCAAAUGACUGUCAUCGUAGCACCAAUUGUGAUUUAUUUGCUUCAUAAAUACGGAAAGAAAUGUUUGAUUGUUGUGGCAUCAUUGAUUGCUUUAUCAGUAGCUUAUGCAUUCAAAGUUGUCUAUCAUAAUAAAUAUAUUGUAAGGGAUUAUACAUUCACAUCUGACAUUUUCGGAGAAUUAUACACGGGCUUCUACUAUCCAACACAUAUUCGCGGUGCCGUUUAUUUGAUUGGAAUUAUGUUGGGAUUUGCUCUUCACAUAGUAGAUCAAGAUGUGAUUAUGUUGAAGAAAACUAGUUUCAGAAGAAAGGCUUGCCAUUGGAUAUGUUGGAUGGCGACCUUGCCAAUCAUUUUAGGGCCGGCUUCUUCAUCUGUGAUCUUUGAUAUCAUGGGUGACAACAUUUUAUUGAAUUCAAUGUUUGGAUCUACUUGUCGAAUUGGAUGGGGAAUUGCAACUGCUGCGAUAAUUUAUCUCUGUUGUGUUGAUUUAGGAGGUUUUGUAGAAAAACUUCUGUCUUGUAAAUUUUGGAUACCAAUUGGAAAAUUAGGUUUCAGUAUUUACAUGACUCAUCCAGUCUUACAAUACAAUAUCAUCACAUCAAAGAUCCGUGAACAUGAUUUCGGAAAAAUUGUCAUGGCUUGUCGUUGGAUAUGUUGGAUGGCGAUGUAUCCAAUCAUUUUAGGGCCGCCUUUAUCUGUGAUCUUUGAUAUCAUGGGUGACAACAUUUUAUUGAAUUCAAUGUUUGGAUCUACUUGUCGAAUUGGAUGGGGAAUUGCAACUGCUGCGAUAAUUUAUCUCUGUUGUGUUGAUUUAGGAGGUUUUGUAGAAAAACUUCUGUCUUGUAAAUUUUGGAUACCAAUUGGAAAAUUAGGUUUCAGUAUUUACAUGACUCAUCCAGUCUUACAAUACAAUAUCAUCACAUCAAAGAUCCGUGAACAUGAUUUCGGAAAAAUUGUCAUGUUUAAAAACUUCCUAAUGGAUUUCAGUCUUUCAUUUGUUGUUGCUGUUUUCUUUUAUCUCAUUGUUGAAGAACCGUUUUGUUUGAUUGGAAAAUAUGUUGCUAACUACAUCGUUGGACUUAAAUGUGAAUCAAUCGGUAUACUAAUAGGUAAACUUGGCAGCUCACAUAUGAAAACAAAAUCUUCAACUAUUGAUAAGACAUUAACAGCUCAUAAGACUGAUGAUAAUAAGGUUUAA